GCACUGUAGGCUGCUCUGUGGCAGUUUCUUUUUCUUUCCUGCAGCUUCGCGGCAACUUCCUCCCCAUUUCUGAGAAAUUGCCGAGACCCGCUCUCCUUCUCUCUUCCAUCGCCGACCCGACACGACAAUUAAACAGCGUCCCUGCCCCUCUGUCUUACUCUCGAAGUACAUUCCUGAAACUAAAUCACUAGAUCCUUUAUGUUGACGCGCUUAAUGUACACAUCCGCUGUUCUUAUACGUUUACUCAACCUCUGAUGCCGAUACUGUACGUGAUGUGCACGUUGUUUAAUGCGUGAAUUGCGUUCCUGUGAAGUUUGAAAAGAUCUAUAAAGUAUUGUAGAAGGAAUACUUGGAAUCAAUUUAGCGGUUUCUCCUGCGGCAGUGCAUAAGAGAAGAUGAGUAGCGGCCGGGAUGAGGGUAAAGGAUCGCCUUAUCGGCGAUAUAAGAAUGAAGAUUUGGAGUCCAGACAACCCCACAGGGGGUAUUCUGACGAGGAUGAGGAGAAUUGUGACCCUUUUGAUAUUUUCCGCACCAAGAGUGCUCCUGUUGACCGUUUGAAACGAUGGAGGCAAGCAGCACUUGUCUUGAAUGCUUCUCGCAGAUUUCGAUAUACUUUGGACUUGAAGAAAGAAGAAGAAAGAAAACAAUUGAUAGCUAAAAUUAGAACACAUGCACAAGUCAUACGUGCAGCUGUGCUUUUUCAAGAAGCAGGGCGAGCUGUUAAAGGACCUGGAACUCCUAAAGACCAGCCAGCUGCUCCACGACCAGAUAGUGAAUUUGGCAUCAGUACAGAGGAGUUGGCAUCAAUAUCGAAAGAGCACAAUCUACCAGCUUUACAGCAACAUGGAGGGGUUAGUGGGGUGGCAAAAAAGUUAAAAACAGAUCCGGAAAAGGGAAUACUUGGCAAUGAAGUGGAUUUAUUGAAGCGAAGCAGUGAAUUUGGAUCUAAUACUUAUCCACAAAAGAAGGGACGGAGUUUCUGGAGGUUUCUUUGGGAAGCUUGUCAAGAUACAACCUUGAUAAUUUUGAUGGUAGCUGCAGCUGCAUCUUUGGCUCUAGGGAUUAAAACUGAGGGUAUUAAAGAAGGAUGGUAUGAUGGAGGGAGUAUUGCAUUAGCAGUAAUCAUUGUCAUCGUUGUUACAGCUGUAAGCGACUACAAACAAUCCCUUCAGUUUCAAACAUUAAAUGAUGAGAAGCGAAACAUUCAACUUGAGGUUGUCCGUGGUGGACGAAGACUUCAAAUUUCUAUAUUUGAGAUUGUUGUUGGUGAUGUUGUACCUCUAAAGAUUGGUGAUCAGGUUCCUGCUGAUGGUCUUGUAAUCACUGGACAUUCCCUUGCACUUGAUGAAUCAAGCAUGACAGGCGAAAGCAAAAUUGUUCAUAAAGAUUCAAAAUCACCUUUUUUAAUGUCUGGGUGUAAAGUGGCAGAUGGCUAUGGGACCAUGCUGGUCUUGAGUGUUGGGAUAAAGACAGAGUGGGGAUUACUAAUGGCUAGCAUUGCAGAGGAUAAUGUCGAAGAAACACCCCUGCAGGUCCGAUUAAAUGGUGUCGCUACAUUAAUUGGUACGGUUGGCCUUGUAGUUGCUAUAGUUGUUCUCGUCGUCCUUGUGAUAAGAUUCUUCACUGGGCACACUGAAGACCCCCAUUUUGAAGCUGGAAAGACUAAAGUUGGUCAUGCUAUAGAUGGGGUUGUUCAAAUUUUCACUAUAGCGGUUACCAUUGUAGUUGUGGCAGUACCAGAAGGUCUUCCUUUAGCUGUCACUCUUACGCUUGCCUAUUCGAUGAGGAAAAUGAUGGCAGAUAAGGCUUUGGUUAGGAGACUUUCUGCAUGUGAAACUAUGGGUUCUGCAACCACUAUUUGCAGUGACAAAACUGGAACGUUGACUCUAAACCAGAUGACUGUUGUUGAUGCAUAUGCUGGUGGAAAAAGAAUCAAAGACCCAAAUGAUAAAUCCCAAUUUCCGCAGAAGGUCACAUCUCUCCUCCUCGAAGGAAUUGCUCAGAAUACAACUGGCAGUGUCUUUGUUCCAGAGGGUGGUGGAGCACCUGAAAUUUCUGGAUCACCAACAGAGAAGGCCAUUCUUCAGUUUGGAGUCAAAAUUGGGAUGAAUUUUGAUGCCAUUAGAUCUGAGUCAGCAAUAAUACAUGCCUUUCCAUUCAAUUCAGAGAAGAAACGAGGUGGUGUUGCCGUGAGACUGAAUGACUCUGAAGUUCAUAUACAUUGGAAAGGUGCUGCUGAGAUUGUUCUAUCUUGCUGUAAUAGCUACAUUGAUGAGAAUGAUAAUGUGGUGCCUCUGGAUGAAAAUGAGCAACUCGUAUCCAUCAAAAAGGAACUUGAAGCCAUGGCAAACGAUAGUUUACGUUGUGUAGCUAUUGCAUAUAGGUCUUAUGACAUGGAUAAAAUUCCUAGAAGCGAAGAAGAGUUGAGUUGUUGGGGAUUGCCAGAUGGAGAUUUGACCUUACUUGCUAUUUUUGGGAUUAAGGAUCCCUGCCGACCAGGUGUAGGAGACGCAGUUCAGUUAUGCAUACAUGCUGGUGUUAAGGUAAGAAUGGUUACUGGUGAUGGUAUUCAAACUGCAAAAGCUAUAGCUUUGGAAUGUGGAAUACUUGGGUCAGAUUCGGAUGCUACUGAGCCAAAUGUGAUAGAAGGGAAAGCCUUCCGUGCAUUAUCUGAGUCUGAUAGACAAGAAGUUGCCGAAAAGAUAUCUGUAAUGGGAAGGUCAUCUCCAAAUGACAAACUCUUGCUUGUGCAAGCAUUGAGGAAGAAUGGGCAUGUUGUCGCUGUGACUGGAGAUGGAACUAAUGAUGCUCCUGCAUUACACGAGGCUGACAUUGGUCUUGCUAUGGGCAUUCAAGGUACUGAGGUUGCCAAGGAAAGCUCAGAUAUCAUCAUAUUGGAUGACAACUUUGCUUCAGUUGUAAAGGUUGUUCGAUGGGGUAGAUCUGUGUAUGCUAACAUUCAGAAAUUCAUACAAUUCCAGCUGACUGUGAAUGUUGCAGCUCUUGUAAUUAAUGUGGUUGCAGCAGUAUCUGUUGGAGAUGUUCCAUUGACUGCUGUACAGCUUCUUUGGGUAAAUCUUAUUAUGGACACUCUUGGUGCACUUGCUCUUGCCACAGAACCACCCACUGAUCAUCUAAUGGAUAGACCUCCUGUCGGUCGAAGGGAGCCACUCAUAACCAAUGUCAUGUGGAGGAACCUGAUAAUACAGGCUUUGUAUCAAGUUACUGUUUUGUUGGUCCUCAACUUCCGUGGUAAGGGUAUCUUGAAAUUGGAUAACUCCAACCGUGACCAUGCUGCUGAUGUGAAGAAUACAGUGAUUUUCAACACAUUUGUGCUCUGCCAGAUAUUCAACGAAUUCAAUGCCCGGAAACCUGAUGAGAUCAACGUUUUUAAAGAUGUUCACAAGAACCGUUUAUUUGUGUCGAUUGUCAGCUUUACCCUUGUACUUCAGGUUAUCAUUAUCAUGUUUCUUGGAAAAUUCACCUCAACGGUUAGACUCAGUUGGAAACUAUGGCUGGUUUGUAUCGCUAUUGGCUUUAUCAGCUGGCCUCUUGCCGCCCUUGGGAAGUUGAUACCUGUUCCUGAGAUGCCAUUCAGUGAAGCCUUGUGUGGAAAAAGGCACAUUCGAAGAUGAGUUUCAGACUUUCAGGUUUGUAGGGUCGCUUCCAUGAAGAGUGGUGAACAGUAGUGGAUAUGGAUGCAACAGAGUUUAUGUGCCAAUGUCAGCUUUUGCUCUCAUCAUCCACGAUAUACAGUGCUAACAGUGUGUUAAACAUGUACAUAAAACUUUAUUGUAGUUAGAAUCUAAUUAUAUGCAAAUGCUACCUUUUCUCCCUACAACCCAAGCUUUACAAAUUUGUGCAUGUGCAUGUUUGAUGUAGGCUUAGAGUUUUCUGACCCUCAAUCUAUGAAAAUUUUGCUACCUUCUCAGUUCUCUGUUUUUUGUCACAAUCUAAACCACACAAAAUAUAAUGAGUUUCUUGUAGCCAUGUUGUGCCUUACCUCACGACGAUUGCUUUUAAGCUUUCCCGUUUUG